CCCGCUGCGGUCUGCAUAGCGCGACCGGGAUCUCGAGCAGGAGCAGGACCUGGGACGGGAACGGGGACAGGAAUGGGGACAGGGAUUAGGACAGGGACAGGGUCGGUGACCUCCAGCCCUGCCCUGCGCCGCAGAGAGGAGACCACACUGCCACCACAGCUGUUGCUGCUCCUGGGCCUGGGUCUGAUGCUCCUUCACUGUGUGCUGGCAGAUGCGAACUCAACCAGAAGCCCUGCGACUCCUGACCUCCUCUGUAGAGAUCCUGCAGAAAACUGCACAGCCACCACCACACAGCCGAAGCGGAAAGGCCACUUCUCCCGCUGCCCCAAGCAGUACAAGCACUACUGCAUCAAGGGCAGAUGUCGCUUCGUGGUGGCUGAGCAGACGCCCUCCUGCGUCUGUGAUGAGGGAUACACGGGGGCUCGGUGCGAAAGAGUUGACCUGUUCUACCAGCGAGGAGGCAGAGGACAGAUUUUGGUGAUUUGUUUAAUAGUGGUGAUGGUCAUUUUUAUCAUUUUGGUCAUCGGUGUCUGCACAUGCUGCCAUCCUCUUCGGAAACAUCAUAAAAAAAGGAAGAAAGAAGAAGAAAGGGAAGCUUUUGGUAAAGACGUGACUCCUACACACGAAGACAUUGAAGAGACUAAUAUCGCUUAGCAGCACGAAGACUCCUGGCUGGUCCGAGCUACACACUGCCUUGCUGCUUUGAAAACAGACAGAACGUGUCUCAGGAAAACAACUCAGAAAUGAACUUUAUAUAUGUAUUUACUUUUUAUUUCAACUUUGGUUUGUGUUGUUUAUUGUUGUUUUUAAAAAUAAUAAUAAUAAUAAUUUAAUUAUAGUCCACUAAUUGGGAAAAAGCGCUGGGGAGGAAAUAAAAAGAAGGGAUGUGCCAGUAAAUUUCCACUCGUCUUAUCAUCAGGAUUAUUAGUCAAUUAAAAAAUAGUGGGAAGGAGCUUAGAUCUUAGGAGAUUAAUUUAUACUGAAGCUAACGUUUCCAUGCACCAUGUGCUGUGUGCUAAGUGUUUGAAAUAUAUUAUUUCAUUUGGUCCUUCCAGCAAUCUGUGUGAAAGCCUCUGUGACUCUCAUUUCCCAAACAGGGAAAAAGGCCCAGAGCAGAUGCAUAAUCUGGUCUAGCUCUAGAGAGUUAGGGGUCACUGGGGCUGGAAUCAAAACUAAGUCUCACCCCAGUUGGAAGUCACUGCUCUUCAUUACCCUCUUGGUUGAUCUGGUUGGCAUCACCUAAGUCGACAGCAUAGGUCAGGAUUUCCUGGUGCGCCUGUGUCCCUGACCAUGAAGGCCACAUCCUGCAAGGACACAGGCACAGAGCCCCAGCCAGGCUGGGUGUGACCACUGUGUCUUUCACAGAGGCGACUUUUCUUAGCUGUCUCUUCUUCUCUAUAAUGUUUCAGUAAUAUGAAUGAAUCCAUAGGUUACCAAAGCCAACAGAGUGUUUCCACCGUGAGAGUAAUGAGCAGAGCUGGGAAAGCAGUUACCUGGAGGCCUUCAGGUCCUGCUGAAGUACUGGCGCUCUGCAGAGAGCACAGACAGCCCUAGCAGAGGCUAUACAUGGUGGUGACAGCACCGCUGGCCUCAGUCAGCCCCUAGUUUUGUGUGCACACCCUCACUUCUGGUUCUUCACAGCAGCACAUGGAGGAGCACUCUCAGGAGAUGUAGGGGGCAGUGAUUUCAUGGCUGUAGCAUCCUUGAUGAAAGAUUAAUUGAUCACCUCAUCAAUUCUGCCAGAUGCCCCUUCAGUCUCCUGGCUUACUUAGUAAAGACUGUAUUAUCCCUGAAAAGGUGAAAUCUAAAUUUAGUCAGUAUUCCCUAAGAUCCUGGACUCUACAAUGAUUGAGUGAGUCACUUAUGAACACCAGUGAAAGGUGCCUUGAGAUUGCUGAAGUCUGUGCCCAUCGGCCAGGUGAAACCUUCUUCCAAGCCCCUGUAUACUUUACAACAUGGGUUCUGAGCCAAUGUGAAGCUGAACGGUCACACUGAAGCCCAGUUGCACAUCUCCUUGUCCCAUGCAUGACUGCUCUGAGUGUCACAUGCGAUGCAGAAAACCCUGGCUACCAGCAAAGGGCACAGUCACAUGACCGGUGACAUUUGACCUCAAUUAUUUGUCCUUCCAACUUAACUUUCCUUCCACCCUUGAAGCAGGAUGGUACUCAGCUGAUUAGUGUGAAAUAAGUUUUAUUUCCAAAGUUUCCUGUGGGUUCCUUUUGUCUCCGUUCCUCUUCAGUCUUCUUUGAUAUCAAAAGGGCUUGAGAAAAAGGCCCUCAGAGCAGAUAGAAACAUGAAGCCAGUGCAGAAUGUUUCUGCUGACUGAGAUCAGCAGACCAAUGGAGUUGGUCUGGCUGGCUCAGGCUGGGGAAGGUUGCUUUGAUUCUACCACUUUAAUGCUGCCUUUUGAAAUUCUGAUCUCAACAAAAAAUUUCAAAGACUUCCAUUUCUUUUGAAAAUAUGUCUUAUAACUUUUUUGCAUAUA